AUGCAGCAAAUGCCCAAGUCCACCAGCGACCACUCUUUGCAGGAGGUUGCAGAGCUGAAGACGCAGCUCAAGGCUGCACAGGCUGAGGCCGCCGAACUGCAGAAACGGCUGUCCGCCCUGCAGGAUGAGCAGGCCAAAAUCAGCACGCAGCUGGCGACGUGCAAUGGCAAGCUGAGCGAGGCGGUACAGGCCGAGACUGCGUUGACGAGCUGCAAGGCCGAGCACGGCAGCGCCACGGCUGAGGCGGGCAAGCUCCAGGCCGCGGUGGACAAGCUCAAGGCGGACCUGGCCGCCAAGGAGAAAGAGGCUACCGCAGCCCGCGAGGAGGCGCAGGCCGGCUCGUCGUGCAAGAUCACCCUGAGCAAGUAUGACAAGGAUCUGGCAGCCCUCAAGGCGUCCCUGGCCGGGGCAGAAGCGGCCCUCAAGGAAGCCGAGGAGGCGAUCGUCCCGCCCGGCCUCGUGCGCCUGGCGCGCAGCGCCAGCGGCCACCUCAACGCGCAGUGGGCGGAGCUGCAGUCCAACCCCACGUUUGGCGCGGCCGCGGUGAAGGCGAGCGAGGUCGCCGGCCAGGUGGCGGCGCAGGCGAGCGAGAUCACGUCCAAGGUUGCGGAGCAGGUCGGGCCGUAUGCGUCCGAGGCGUACACCCGCGCGUCCAGCCUCGCGCGGUCGGCGAGCAUCAGGGCUGUCCAGGUGCAGGAGGAGCUGGCGGGCGUGGUGGAGACGCACAUGCGGGCGGUGCCGGCGCUUGCGCCCUACGUCGACCCCGUAAUCAUCCAGGCCGUGGUGUACGCACUCAUAGGCCUGCCGCUGCUGGUGCUGCUGCCGCUGCUGGCCGCGCUGCUCGGGCGGGCGGGCGGCGGCGCGGGCGGCAAGGCUGCGGGCGGCAAGAAGGGCUCCGGCGGUGGCGUGAAGAGGGGCGCGGCGGCGGGCAAGCCCGUUGUCAGGGCGGGCGCCGGCAAGCGCGUCUAG